AUGGAAGAAGAACAGCCCACGAAAAAGAGAAGCCGCAUAAGACGGAUUGUCACCUUUCCCUAUCGACGCAUCCAAAAAUUACUGGCCAAAAGACGGGCAGCAAAAGCAGAACAGCAGCAACAACAAUCGACAACUGCAGCAACAGAAUUGGUCAAUGGAGAAAGAGAAGGAGAUUCCAAGGCAAUCCCAAUAUCUCUGCAAACAGCAGAAGAAGAUACCACAGCCAGUUCUGUAGUAGAGAUCAGUAUUUCGGAUGGGACGGAAACCCACGAGGAAGCUGAGACAGAAUCUACAUUGGAGGUGACAGAAUCUACAUUGGAGGUGACAGAACCGGUGGAUCAAGUCAAUGGUUUUUCUGCUACCAGCAGCAGCAGUGAGGCUCUGGAAGAGGAGACCGAAACAGAAACAUCUGAUGCCGACACCACUGCUGAAACAGCUGCUGAAACCAGCGCUUCUGAUGACAAUAACGACAAUAUUAAAAAAUGGGCUACAGCCGCUCCUUCCGUCGAUUUGACGGGAGAUUGGGAACUCCUCAUCACGGACGAAUUCAAAAGAGAGUACGACGACUAUCUACGACUGUUAGAUCAACCGGCAUUUGUGCGAUCCGUCGCAUUGUCCAUUGUGGGAUUGACCACGGAAGAAACCAUUCAAAAGGACGGAGGACGCAAUCUCUUUAUCCGAGGACGAAAUGUCCGUGGUGUAUGGGAACGAACACUCUCCUCGACGGGCGACACGGAAGAAUCCUACAUUAUUACCACGGCCGACAAUGAACAAGUACAGGCGGAAUCAUGGUGGGAAGACGCUGGCACCAAGCAUCGAUCCUGGUUGCGGGGGGUUUCCAACUACGGUGGUGGUUCCUUUGAAAGUCUACGAUAUUUGGAAACAGCACCCAACAAGGACACAACAGAACCGCCACGAAAAGUACUCGUGUGCGAAUCCACCUUUCAUCCCGAUGAUACAACCCGAGAAAAGGCACAUGUCACUUGGAGAUUUCAACGGAAACAACCAUGA